UUUAUAUACCCGCGCGCGCUCUGGCCGCAGUCGUCGUCGCGGCAUCGCACGUGAAUAAGUAUACACUCGCUCGGUGCAGCUCUCUCUCUCUCGUGGUAGUGCACUCGCUCCGAGAAUGUCGUCGGCGACGGAGCCGCCGCGUGCAGCUGUCCGCUUGCCCAUUAUGGCCCGUAACAGUUCGGUCCCGCGCGCGAGGUACUUCUACUUCAUUGUCUGAGCAACGAGUCUCGCGGAAUCUCUCUCAGCUUUCGUGUUGUGUUUUUCUCUCUCUCUCAGCUUUGUUGUUUUUUUUUUCGCGUCGAGGUAUCAGCGCGACACGUCGCUUAUAUGCUAAUGUCGCGAGCGGCUCUAUAGCUCUGCGUGUCUUGUGUACAUGCUCUUUUUAUUCAUAAUUCAGAGGCUGUGUGCGACUAAAUAAGGUUCGAGUGUGUGUGUGUAUAUAGUCAUACAAUGUCGCUGUCCGCCCUCGGACUUUGUGUCCCGGGCUCGUUCUUAUUUUCUUCGUUGUGGGGCGAUGAUUAAUACACGUCAGAAGUUGAACGCGCCCUGUGUCGUAUUAUUGAUCAUUUUAAUGAACCUCUAAGUUUCAAUGGCAACGCAUGAGGACAACUUUUGCAAGACAUAGUGCAAAGAGGUGCUGGCAACGUGAACAAGACUCUAGUGGAUUUGCCAGUGUUUGGUCGCUGCGAGACAAUUCAGGCAUCAUGAUGGAAAAGCUGAGGAUGUUUCGGCUGCUUCUGUACAAGAAUUAUCUUGUCAGGAAGAGGCACUGGAAGAUGGGAUUGUUGGUAGAGAUCCUGAUUCCACUGUUGUUGUUUGUGUUGAUACAGGCUUGCAGAGACUUUUCUGCAGCAGAGCCUCAAGUUCACGAGAACAACACUUACUAUGAGAUUCAGACAAAGGAAAAUCUGAUUAGCAAGAUCACUUAUCGAACUACUAUAUACUUUGCACCUGAAAACAAAUUUACCAGGAUACUCAUGGAGAAGACACGUGGAUGUCUUAAGUUUCCUGCUGGGACAAUAACUGGGUUCAAUUCGGAAGAGGAGCUGCUGAAAAUGUAUGCUUUGUAUCAAACACAGGAUCCAAUCAAUGACAUUAUAGCUGUAGUAUUUGAUGAGAAAUACGCAAAUAUUUCUUCAAAACAUUUGUCAUAUACAUUGCGUACUGCUUAUGUUCUCUCAAACAUACUGUACAAAAUUGAUACUGAAGGGCCUUCAAUAACCUUGGAUCAAGCCUUGAUCGAAGUCAUACCAUUCGUACAACUGCAAUUAUGUUUGGAUGAAUCAUUCAUAAAGAUGAAAGCCCGAAAGCCAUCAUUUGAAUCAGAGGUUUCCAUUCAACAAAUGCCUUAUCCCCCAUAUGUGCAAUUAAACGAAAAUGACAUGAUUACAAGGAUACUAUUCUGUGGUUUUGCAGUUAUUGCCUUUUUAAUUCCAUUAUGCGUAGAAGCAACCUAUGCAGCUGAUGAAAAAUUCAUAGGAAUUAAUGUUCUUAUGGCAAUGAACGGAGUUCCAACUUAUCUAAAUCUCUUAAGUUGGCUAGUCAGUGGAUUAAUUUUUAGCGUCUCAUACGUAUCUGCGCUGAUUUUUUUGUUCAAUAUUGCUUUCACGGACAAUGUGCACCCUUAUCUCUAUUAUGGAAAUAGCUUUAUUUUUUGGAUAGUGCUCAUCUUGCAUGUUGGGCAUUUAAUAACUUUUGGCAUGCAUAUUUCUGCAUAUUUUUCAAAAUCUCUCUUUAUGAUAUCUGGAAUUUUGGCUCUGUAUGGAGGUUCAAGUAUGAUUCAAAAGUACAGUAUUAAAGGAGAUUAUUAUGCAGUUGUACCUUACUUAGGAAUAUUGUUCCCCAAUAUAUUGUUAUUCCGAGCAUUUCAAGAAGUAAACAAUUAUGAAACCAUGUUAAAAGGAAUCAAGUGGAGCAAUUUAUUUUUGGUCGGAGAUCCAGUGUACAAGACCGCAGGAAGUCUGGGAAUGAUAAUGAUCUUUUCCAUUAUCGGAACCAUUUUUCAUUUCCUCAUGACUGUUUAUAUUUACGCUGUGCAUCCAGGAAAGUAUGGCGUGAAGAAGCACCCGUUAUACUUUUUAAAAAGUGGAAAGACUAGAAAUAAGGUAAAUUCAGAUGAUGAAAUGGAUGAUUACGAAUUUGAUGACGUAGAUGGAAAGCCGUUUGAAACAAUACCAAGGGCUGCGUUUACUCCUGGAAUACAAAUUCGUGGCUUAAAGAAAGAAUUUAGAACUCAUUUGUUUGGUAAAUCAAAGGUUCAAGCUCUAAGAGGGAUCUCAGUUGACUUUUACAAAGGACAAAUUACUGCUUUGCUCGGACACAAUGGAGCUGGUAAAACCACGCUCAUGUCCAUCUUAACUGGUAUGAUAAGUCCUUCUGAUGGAGCGGUAUAUAUAAAUGGGAAAAAUGUCAAAGAAGAAUCGAACGUUUUGAUGAAUGACAUAGGUCUGUGCCCCCAAGAAGAUAUGUUGUUUCCAACUCUUUCAGUGGCUGAACAAAUUGAGUUCUUUGGCAUGUUGAAAGGAAAAAAUAAGUCGAAAGCAGCGAUUAAACACGAUGUAAACGCCUUACUUAAAAAGCUCAAGUUAUUUGAUAAACGGAAUGCGAUGCCUCAUCAAUUGUCAGGUGGUCAAAAACGACGAGUGUGUCUUGGAAUGGCCGUAAUAGGUGAUUCAAGCACGUUGAUUUUGGACGAACCAACUUCUGGUAUGGAUCCAGAAAGUAGGCGCGACACAUGGGACAUUAUAUUGAGAAUGAGAGGACAAAAGACUAUAUUAAUCAGCACACACGAUAUGGAAGAGGCUGAUAUUUUGGGUGAUAGAAUAGCAAUCGUACACAUGGGUCGUUUAAAGAGCUACGGAUCCUCGAUGUUUUUAAAGAAACUACUUGGUCAAGGAAACAUAGAAGUGACAUUAUCCACUGAAUCGUGGUGUGACCCGCAAAGAAUACGCAACGAAUUAGAUUCAAGAGGGCAAAUACUCAAUAUUGACGGCGGAAAAAUCGUUUUGAGCGUUCCAAAUUCGCCUGAGUUGCCAGAUUAUUUAGAUAAAAUAGAAAUGCAAAAGAAGAAUCUUGGAGUUACAGGAAUGAGCGUUUCGCUAAUUACCCUGGAGCAAGUGUUUCUAAAGUACGUGCAACCAUGUUUUUCUAACACUUCUUCAAAAAGUGAUCUGGUAACACGAGAUAACGAAGACGUUACAGAUUCGUGCCAACCUUUUCUGGAUUCUACUUAUAAACUUAAAGGCCGAGCCUUGUUAAUUCAGUCCAUCUUGGCGCUGCUUAAAAAGAAAGUGACGUACACAAGGAGAAACUUAGUAACAAUCAGUCUCAUUAUUCUUUUACCGAUCAUCUGCAUUCUUUUCAUGACAAUGGAUUAUAAUAUAUCUAACGACACCACGACUUUGAUACCAAUAAAACUUGAUAUGUACAGCCAGCCGCAAACUUAUUAUGGAACUAGCAAUAAAACAGUUGGUGAAAAAUAUAAAUUAACUACUGAAGAGUUUUAUGGCAGAGCUACAGAAGUAUCAAAGACUACUAGCGUCACAGAUGCCCUUCUCGAGUUUGGUCGCACGGAUGAGGCUACAUAUAGAAACAACUUGAUAGCUGCAGUCGAGUUUAACAGUACUGAUAACAAAACCUUGUUAGCCAAUGCUUUUUACUCUGGCUACGCGACGUUUAGUAUCCCCAUCUCCGUAAAUCUGCUAUCUAACACACUACUGAAGAGUCACGCGGGUGACGAAUAUUCGAUCAGCUUGGCUGGGCAUCAGCUACCGCACUCGAUACGCUCUACCGCCAUACCUGAAGCGAAUAUCGACGCAUAUGCUACUGUACUGUUGUUCGUUUUCUUUUUCUUUCCUGCGGUCGCACUUUUCGUCAUACAUCCGCUGAGGGAGUCAUUGUCGAACGUCAAGCAGCUGCAGAGGAUGACCGGGGUGUCUUGUUUCACUUACUGGGGAACGAUGUUUGCUUUCGACUUCUUAGUAUUCUUGGUAACAAUACUAUGUAUUGUCGUUGGAUUUAUCUGCAUGGACAAUGCCAUCGGUUUGAGAAUGUAUGAAAACACCGAAAUAGGAAUUACAAUACUAUUGUUACUCUUGUUUGCCUUUAACACUUUGCCGCUAAUUUACAUAUGCAGCUUUCUGAAAAAGUCGAUCAGCACCGUUAUAACAUUACUUAGUCUUUUACCCUUCGGCCUUGUUUCGUUGGAGCUGAUCAUGCACGUCAUCGCAAUAAGUCUGCACACACAUUGGAUCGUACAAAAAUUUCGCAGUAUUCAAAAGGGAAUCUUUCUUCUGAUUCCAUACUUAAGUUUUUUCCAUGGCGAAGUAUCGUUCUUCAGCAUAGCAAGUAAGAACGCGAGGUGUAGAAGACUGCCUAAUGUACUUCACGAAGUUGCAUGCCUCGCGAAUGACACGUGUUGUGGACUUGAUUGCUUCGACGGAAAAUGCAAGAAGAGUUUGAAAUAUUUCAAUAAUUUCAAUGAGGACAUGUCUUUAGAACAGUGUGUCACGUAUUUGUCUGUCACGCCAUUCUUGUACUUUGCAAUAUUAGCUGUUUUGGAGUACAAACUUAUUCCGUUGAUGUUUGCGCGUAUGCGCAGAGGAAAAUACGAAAUCUUGGAAGAUCCUUGUGACGAACAGGUGAAAAAAGAAAAACACUCGGUCGCUUCUGAGAUCGUUAAAGCAAAUAUACGAUGCACGUUGGCGGAUUCUAAACAAGUAAAUAGAGAAGCCAACAAAACCAAAGAGGAAGCAAAUGGCAAUGCAACGUUGGAGGAAAGCAAUACUUUGUCCAAUGACAAUGCCAAUAACUAUCUGUUUUUCGUGUAUGAAUUGAGCAAGCGUUAUGGCAAUCUGACGGCAGUCGAGGAAAUCAGCUUUGGAGUGAAACAGCACGAGUGCUUUGGACUGCUUGGAGUGAACGGGGCAGGCAAGAGCACGACUUUCAAGAUGAUGACGGGUCAGUCGAUACCCAACAAUGGGUGCAUGUACUUAGGUGACAGAAAUUUCAAUGACAAUCGAAGAUAUUAUCUUUCUCAGAUGGGAUAUUGUCCACAAAAUGACGCUAUUAUACGAUGUCUGAAUGCCUCGGAACAUUUGAGAUUAUUCGCUCGGCUCCGAGGUAUUCCAGAAAGUCAAGUUAACAAUGAAGUAAAGAAGUGGAUCGAUAGACUGAAUUUGAACAUUUGCGCUUCGCAACCUAGUGGAACUUAUAGCGGUGGCAACAAAAGACGUUUAAACAUAGCGAUGGCUCUUAUUGGUAAUCCAAGUUUGGUUUUGCUUGAUGAACCUACAACGGGCGUUGAUCCAGCAGCUCGAAGAUCGCUCUGGAAUGUCAUUCAAUCUUGCCAAACUACUGGCCAAGCUAUCAUAUUGACGUCGCACAGUAUGGAAGAGUGCGAGGCGCUUUGCAAUAGACUCGUGAUUAUGGUGAAUGGACAAUUAGUCUGCAUUGGGCCAUGCCAAGAACUAAAACAACGUUUCGGCGCUGGUUAUGAUAUUCAAAUGAAGCUGAAUCCAGAAAAAUCGUCUUCUCAGAUGGAAAGCAUCAAGAGGGACAUUGAGCAGGCGUUAAAUUGUGAACUUGUUGAUGAAAAUUCCGGGUUCCUUAUGUAUCACGUUACGACUUCCGAAACUACUUGGAGGCGAAUGUAUGAUGUGAUGACCGAACUAAAGAAUAAAUAUAAUUGCAUCGACGAUUUCUCUGUGUUAUCGUCCACCCUCGAGCAGCUGUUUUUGCUUUUCGCGAGGGCAGCCAAGCGAACGAAUCGUAAGACAUAUAAGUAGACGAUGAAAACACAGAGACCAGGAAAAUGAUCUAUGAUGAUUCUACAACACGAACCAAAGUCUCGAAAACUAAGGCUAAUUUUACGUGUGAUAUUAAAUGUUAUAACCAGAAUCUACGUAAAUUAGGUAAAAUCAGAAUAGUUUUGUUUUUAAUUUUGAUCAAUUGUCAAAUUAAAAAGCUACGUCGUCGAGCGCUGUCCAAAGGAUGAUUCUGAUAUCAAAAAGUAGCUUAUAAUAACAAGUAAUCGUCGUUUUAGUAACAAAAGGAAGAGGCAUAGUAAAAAGUAUUUGAUUUUUUAAAAUUUAAUACAAUUAACGAUUUGAAACGUCCUAUAACAGUAUUUCUUAAUAAUUGCUUUCAGUGGCACAGAAUACUUACCAUUCACAAGUAUUAAAAAUCAUUUAUAUAAGAUCAUAAAACUUCUACAAAGAUUUAAAUCAAACAAACAAUGAUAUUUAUGAAUGAAAUUUACUGCGCCUCUUCCAUUAUAUGAAUUUCGGAGUAAGAUUUUGAUUAUUGCUAUAUUUAAAAAAUAUACAAUUUCUUAAUUUACGAUGCCUGAUAAGCGUAUUGAUAACUGGAAAAUGAAUCGAAAUACUAAAUAAUUAUUUUUUACUGUUUGUAUAUAGUUUUAAAAAAUUUAAACGAUCGUAAGUCUCCGAAGUUCUUAUACUAAUAUUCUUGCAAUUUGAAUCACAAAAAUACUGCCGCAACUUUUGAAAUAUUGUUUAGAUAAAGAGAUUUGUAGUACACUGUACAAUUGAAGCGUGAGGUGUGCAAGGGACUUUUUAAAAAGCAGUAUUUGUAAGGCAUCUGUCUAUAAAAAGUCUGUUAGUGUUUUAAGGAAUCUCAAUUUGAGCUCAAGGAAAACUUGAGUAGACUAAAUAAGGCUGCAAUAUUGGAAAUUAUUAGUCUCUUGUAAAAAAUAUAUAAAUAUAUAUUUAUAUAUAUAUAUAUAAUGGAAAUAAUAUACAAAUAAGAUAUACAAGGCAUUAGCAUGCCAUACGAACGAAUAAUUUAUGACCAACAAAGAAUACCAAGAUCUGAACUUUGCAAAAGGAAUUAGUUUUCUUUAUUAAUUAAUAUUUCAAGAGAGUUGCCAUAGAUUUUAGUUUUGCAAAGCAAUCUUCGUAAUAUAUAUAUUUAUUUGUUUUGGAGUAAACAAUUGUUGGAAUGAUAUAAAAAUUAUUUUUGAAUUUCUAUUUUAAAUAGGAAAAUCCAAGUUUGUUAAAUCGUUGGUUAAUGUAUUUGAAAUCGGUAUAAAUACAUUAAAUGUAUUAUUUAUUAAGCAUUGUUUUGGCUGCGCGCAAAUUCAAGGAUCUGAUUGCAUUACUCACAUGGCAAAACUUGAUUUUUGUAUAUAUACAUUCUAUAUUAUGUGCUUUGGCCUGGAAAUAAGGAAAAAGAGAAAGUGAAGUAUUAUAUAUACCUUGUAAACGAUAUAUUUAAAUACUUUUCUUAAAUUUUGUGUAUUUUCAUAUUGUCGCUCUUUUAUAAAAGACAUUAGGCAAUACGCAAUUUACAGUAUAUAAAUAGGCAGCGAAUGGUAUACUUGCAAAAAAAUUACUUUAGACACUUGAAGUGUGCAAUAUACUCGUUUUUCGUUAAUUUGACACAAGGCAAAACUCAUUUGUAAUCUGAGCACGUGUUUCAUGAAAAAUAUUUGUAUUGCAAUAAUUUUCAGUUAGUAUUUAGCCCACUUAUGGUUUAAUUAUAACGAUGCACAUUGUCUACGUUAACUGCAGCUAAUAUUCUAAGUUAUACUUGUUUUCUCUUAUAAAUAAUUUGUUAUACUCUAUACAUAUCGUGUAAUAACGAACCUGUAAUUAAAAAAAAGAUGCUUAUUUUAAUAUAAAUGCGUUGAAACUUACUGGAAGUAUUUGUGAGUUCUUACGAGUUUCGUGAUGUCGAGAACAGCUGUAUGGAAUAAGUAUACGAAAGCAGGUAAAAAUAAGAGGACAGUGAAACUAAUGAUAAAAUACAUAUAUUUAUAUCGUAUAAAA